AUGUUGAAAAAUUCUAAACCUACUCGUCGUACUUCUCGAUCACAACCUAUUACUAAGCCAUUACCGAAAACAGAAGCACGGCGUUUGGAACAUAUAUAUGAAGCAUCACCAUCAAAAAAGACUGUGGAAUGGAAUCCAAAUCGUAAUGAUACGUAUGUUUCGGAUGUUAUUAAUGUUAAAAGUUUACUUAAUAUUCAUUCAUUACACUCCGAACGACGACAACAAAAUGAUAGAAUUUUAGAAAAUGAUCGUAUUACAAUAAAUGUAUGUGGUGAUCGAUAUGAAACACAUCGUACAACACUUGAACUUUUUCCAGAUACAUUACUUGGAAAUCAUAAACGACGAAAAUAUUACUAUGAUAAUCUACAUCAAGAAUAUUUUUUUGAUCGUCAUCGUGCUUGUUUUGAAGCAAUACUUUAUUAUUAUCAAUCAAAUGGUCGUUUAAGACGACCGGAUUAUGUUCCAUUGGAUAUUUUUCUUGAAGAAGUUACUUUUUUUCAAUUAGGAGAAGAAGCUCUUAAUCAAAUACGAAAAGAUGAAAAUAUUAAAGAAGUUAAAAGAAUUCGUCUACCAAAAAAUCAUAUUAAAAGAUUUAUAUGGGCAACAAUGGAAUAUCCAGAUUAUUCAGCAAUGGCUAGAAUUGUUAAUAUUAUAUCAUUACUUAUGGUUCUUGUAUCAAUACUUACUCUUGCACUUGAAUCAUUACCACAAUACACUAAUUUAGAUAAUCUUUUUUGUCAAUACAAUUCAACAACUAACAUAACUAAUUUAGAUAAUACAACAACUUCAAAUUCAUCUGGAGGUGCUUUUUAUGAUUGUGCAGGAUAUUUUACUACACCUUUUUUUAUUAUUCAAGCUAUUUGUGUUGGUUUUUUUACAUUCGAAUUUUUAAUUCGUUUAUUCACUACACCAUCAUUCCUUGAUUUUAUAAAAAAUGUAAUGAAUUGGAUUGAUAUAUUAGCUAUAAUACCAUUUUUUAUAACACUUGGUGUUCGUUUAAUUAGUGCACCCAGCGGUGGAAGUUCAGAUACUUAUGUUGGUCUUCGACUUUUACGUAUACUUCGUCUUGCACGUGCUUUUAAAUUUAUUCGAGUAUUUAAAAGUGUCAAAUCUUUACGUGUACUUGCAACAACAGUACGUCAAUCAUUAGUUGAUUUUUUAAUAAUGAUAAUUAUUUUAACUUUACUUGGAUUUUUAUUUGGUGCUGCUACUUACUAUGCUGAAAAUUCUGCAAAUGGUGAGGCAUUUGAUUCAAUUCUUAAAGCAACUUAUUGGGGUAUUAUUACUAUAACAAGUGUUGGAUAUGGUGAUAUAGCACCAAUAACACCAAUUGGUCGAAUACUAGCUUGUUUUUGUGCAUUAUUUGGUGCUGCAACAAUUGGCAUGCUUGUUUCUGUACUUGUUGAUCGAUAUCAACGUGUUUAUGUUCGAAAAUUAUAUUAUCAAGAAGAAUCGAUUGAUUUUAGUGAUUAUUCCGAUGAUGAAAAUAAUGAUACAGAAAGAGAGCCAAGUACUCAUUCGGAACAUCAUAGUCAUCCAAGAAUUGAAGAUCCAGAUGCACGAGCAAAAGAACAUACAAGAAAUGAAUCUGUUUCAUCUGAUGGAUCACCUGCAUUAUUUCAUACAGUAUUAAAAGAAGGACAAGCAGAAGAUAAUCAUGAUGAUCAUGUUGAAAACAAUUCACUUGGAAGAAAUAGUAAUCGAGUUCAUUUUAUUGUUGGUUAUGUUGAUGAUAACAAAAAUAAAUCAUCACGUGAUUUAGUAGAAAAAAUUAAUUCUAUUGUAACAAAUCAACAAGCAGCUGGGGAUAAUGUGUCAAUAAGUGUUCUUUCUGAUGAUACUAUUCAAGAAGCUCGUCCAUUUGAUGUCCAUUUUGAUCUGGAUUCAUCUGAUGAUAAUGAUGAUGAUUUAAAAGAAAUUAAAAAUGAUCGCCAAAGUAAAGGAAAUCUAUUUAAAAAAUUUAGUCGUUCGUUCUCACAAAGUGAUGGUCAAUUAAAUAAGUCUGAAAAAAAAGCAUGA